CAACAUAGAGUAGUUUAUUGAUUAUUGAAGUAUUCGUUAGGAAUAGGCGGGCGGGCUCCCAACAAUUCAAAAUUCAAAGCAACCAUUUAAAACAGCACAUUUUCAGAGUCUAGUGAGAGAGAGAGAGAGAGAAAUACCUUCCAUCAAUGGACAAGUACGAGAAGCUCGAGAAGGUCGGUGAGGGAACCUACGGCAAAGUCUACAAAGCCAAGGAGAUAUCCACCGGCCAGGUGGUGGCGCUCAAGAAAACCCGCCUCGAGAUGGACGAGGAGGGCGUGCCCCCCACGGCGCUGCGCGAGGUCUCCCUCCUCCAGAUGCUCUCUCAGUCGCUCUACGUCGUUCGCCUUCUCCGCGUCGAGCACGUCGACAACAAGAACGGCAAGCCACUCCUCUACCUCGUCUUCGAGUAUCUCGACACCGAUCUCAAGAAAUACAUCGAUUCCCACCGCAAGGGCCCCAACCCUAGGCCCCUGCCCCAGCAGCUCAUCCAGAGCUUCCUCUACCAGCUCUGCAAGGGGGUCGCGCACUGCCACAGCCACGGCGUUCUCCACCGCGAUCUCAAGCCUCAGAAUCUGUUGCUCGAUAAGGAGAAGGGGAUACUUAAGAUCGCUGAUCUCGGCCUCGGGAGGGCCUUUACCGUCCCUCUCAAGAGCUACACGCACGAGAUCGUCACUCUCUGGUACAGAGCUCCUGAGGUUCUUCUCGGAUCGACUCAUUACUCGACCGCAGUUGAUAUGUGGUCUGUGGGCUGUAUUUUUGCGGAAAUGGUGAGAAGGCAAGCCUUGUUUCCUGGAGAUUCUGAGUUUCAGCAGCUUCUCCACAUUUUUAGGUUGCUGGGAACGCCUACUGAGAAGGAGUGGCCGGGGGUUAGUUCUCUGCGAGAUUGGCAUGUGUAUCCCCAGUGGGAACCUCAAAACUUUGCGCGUGCUGUUCCAUCUCUGGGACCUGAUGGUGUUGACCUUCUAUCGAAGAUGCUUAAAUAUGAUCCAGCUGAUAGAAUUUCAGCAAAAGCUGCUAUGGAUCAUCCCUACUUUGACAGUUUGGAUAAAUGUCAGUUCUAAAACUUACUUAUCGUGCUGAAAAUGGACGCUACUCAACCCGAUUUCUAAGGAAGAGCUGAGGUAUUGUUGGGAGGAUAUAUCAUCAUCUUGGUGGUGUGAGCAACUUUGUUGUGUAGCAUUCAUUCAUUAUCAACUUCUUCUACAUAAUGUAUCAUAUCAUAUCAAGCAUGUUCUACCUGAACAUGCCACUCUGUUUACUAUUUGUGUUGGCACAUUAUAGAUGAAGUAAUGUAAGUGUGUUUUGUUUGUUGAA